AAGCCAAGGCUACUUUCCUAUCCGAAUCACAAUGGCGUUAGCGCAUUCGACCAAGAGGAGACGUUUAAGUCCUCCUGAAGACGAGGCUAAAUCAUCUUCACGAAAGUCCCGCGAAGCUGCUCUAGGCAAGUUUUACAGCGCCGCGGCAGAAUGGGACCUCGAGCAAGACUAUGAGCGCCGUCCGAGAAAGGGCAGCAAGAAGGACAAAGAACGCACCAGGCUGCCGAUUAAGACGACAGAGGGGCUUGUGGAGAAUGUGGUAGAUUCGGAAGACUCAGAGGGGGAUGCAGACAGCUUUCUGGAUACGGACGACGAUGAGGCGGGUGAAACCGCCGGGGCGGACGGGACAGAUGAUUCUGAUGAAGAGGAGGAAGAGACACCAAAGAUUCCCUUGAAGCUUCAGGUCAUACAAGCCAAGGAGGAGAUUGCCCGAAUUGCGACGUUGGUCAAUGAGGAUCCUGAGGAGCACAUUUCGUCACUGAGGACGUUAGCCGAAAUGGUGGACAACGCCGGGCAUGUUGCCAUUAAGAAACUGGCGCUGGCCGCCCAGGCUGCAAUCUACAAGGACAUGAUUCCGGGGUACCGGAUUCGGCCGCUUGGCGAGGACGAUCUUUCUUCGAAGAUUUCCAAGGAGGUACGCAAACUCCGAAAUUUCGAGCAGUCGCUCCUCUCGGGAUAUCGAAACUACGUGCAGCGCCUUGCCUCUUUCGCGAAGCCGGCCAAGGGCGAGUCGUUGGAUGAGGGAUUGCGCACAAUCGCAAUCAACUGUGCCUGUAAUCUUCUACUCGGAGUCCCCCAUUUCAACUUCCGCAACGAGCUCUUGAAGAUCCUCGUGAACCGUCUUGCGCGGAGGAAAGUGGAUGGAGACUUUAUCAAGUGUCGCGAAACGCUGGAGGAGGUCUUCAACAAAGAUAACGAUGGCAUCGUCUCCCUUGAAGCCGUCCGAUUACUUUCAAAAAUGAUGAAAGCCAGAGAUUUUAAUGUCCACGACAGUGUCCUGGACACAUUUUUGCAUCUUCGAUUGCUGUCAGAGUUUUCGUCCAAGGCAUCGAGAGACCGGGUUGAUCGCCGUACCACGGAAGAGGAGGAGGAAGACCAGCCCACGGGGAAGAAGCAGAAGCAGAAGCGAGAGUUCCGGACGAAGAAGGAGCGUAAAAUCCUGAAGGAACGCAAGAUUGUGGAGAAGGACAUGAAGCAGGCAGAUGCCUUGGUCUCUCAUGAAGAGAGGGAGAAGAACCAAGCCGAGACCCUCAAGCUUGUAUUCGCUACGUAUUUCCGGAUUCUCAAGUUACGCAGUCCGGCGCUCAUGGGUCCCGUCCUUGAGGGCCUGGCCAAGUAUGCGCACCUGAUCAACCAGGAUUUCUUUGGUGACUUGCUCGAGGCUCUGAAGGAUCUGAUCGCCCAUGCGGAGGCAGAUGAAGGCAACGACGACGAAGGGGAUGAUGACGAUAUGAUGGGUGACGCUCCCUCCAACUCGACCCGUGAUACCAACCGUGAAGCCCUGCUCUGCACAGUCACCGCUUUUGCGCUCUUGGAAGGCCAGGACGCCAGCAAGGCAGCGGCAUCACUCCACCUGGAUCUGAGCUUCUUUAUCAAACACCUGUAUCGCUCUUUGUACUCACUCUCGACGAACGCAGACGUCGAGUUCAACCCGAACAAGUCCCUGCGGCUGCCAGAUCCGACGUCCGGGGCAGGGGAAGGGGAAGAAGAUGGCAGUGCGAACCCCCGCCCUCGGCGGAACAAGGUGAACUUCCAGACACCAACGGUGCUGCUCCUCCGCUGUCUGCAAUCGACCUUGCUGUCACGGGCUCACGGCAUCCCGCCGCCUGUCCGCCUGGCGGGUUUCACCAAACGGCUCAUGACAACCUCGCUGCAGGUGCCGGAGAAGUCGGCUCUAGCCACUCUCUCAUUGCUGAACCAGGUCACAAAGCACCACGGCCGGCGCAUCUCCCCGCUGUGGCAUUCUGAGGACCGCAGAGGCGACGGCGUCUUCAACGCUUACGCUCCAGAUGUGGAGAGCACAAACGUCUUCGCGGGCACGGUCUGGGAGGGCGAGCUCCUGCGCCAUCAUUACUGCCCGCAGGUGAGAGAUGCCGCGUUGGAUAUGGAGAAGAUGAUUGCUUCCCUAAAAUAGCAUAGCCUAUAGACUGCACUGCACUGAACUUAACUGCAUUCCUACAUAAUCUUCUCAUGAAUACCACUUAUGUUACUCUAAACCCCCCUUUUCCAGAAAUCUUACCAAGUCACCAGUACCCAGUAAGAUCAUCAACCACAGUCAGCCUAGCUGAAGCAAAUUCUAGUUCUCGACCUGAAAGAAAGAUCCGUGAUCCACAAUAAAAAGGGUUUGAAAAGCGCCAGCACUUUGGAUAAAAUCAAAGACCGCAACUCGACUUUCAAAAAGCCCCCCCCC